CCCAGCUGGGAGAGAAAGCUAGCUGGAGUGUACAGUAUGUGACUUUAAAAAUAGUCACAUCUCACACAAAUGAUUUUAUCUCAGCAUAGGAAUGUUGGAGAAGCAUUGGUGCAUCCUCACAUCCACCUGAGGCAGGCUCCUUUGAUGAUGGAACAGGUUAGCAAAAGGCUAAGCGGAGCUCAGUUAACAAGCAGACUUCCUUCUUGUGUUCAUCAGACAGGUGGGGAGAAAGAGAAAGAAACUGGAAAAUGGACAAAUGGGCAAAGGAGGUAGGGGCCCCUCCAGAUGCUUCUGCCAAGAGGACCUAGAUUAUGACUUCCCAGAAAUAAGUUCAACAAUUAAUUGGGAUCCUGUUAGAGGGCAGCCCUACAUCAUUUUUUGUUUCCUUAUUGUGAAGGAUGGGACCUUGGAAGAAAUGUCUUUUUGUGUUGGUUCUCCUUAUAACUCUGACUUUUGUGCUCUUUUACAAUCAUAAGUUGCUGGUGCAAAAAAGGGUUCAGAAAACAACUAUCUCGAAUGCUGUUGAAUUAGCAGAAGUCUGUAAUCAAAUCAUAAAAGGGGAGACCUUUCUUUUUAACAAAAGUGUGCUAACAACUUCAGACACCAUGAUCACCUGUAGCCAGCAAUUGCUUCAGAAUCACUAUAUAACAAAAACUCUGUCGGAAGAAGAAAUCGAGUUUCCUUUGGCCUACGUAAUGCUUCUACACAAAGACUUUGAAACCUUUGAGAGACUCUUCAGGGCGGUUUACAUGCCUCAGAAUGUUUACUGUGUUCAUGUGGAUAAAAAGGCUGCCCUUGAGUUUUAUGUAGAAGUGGAAGGAUUUCUGAACUGUUUUCCCAAUGCUUUCCUUGUCUCCAAAAUGGAAUAUGUGAUCUAUGCUGGAAUAUCCAGGGUCAAGGCUGAAUUAAACUGUAUGCGAGACCUUGUAGCCUCUGAGGUUCAGUGGAAGUACAUUAUUAACACCUGUGGGCAAGAUUUCCCCCUGAAAACUAACAAGGAAAUAGUCCAGUAUCUGAAAGGAUUUAAGGGGAAAAAUCUCACCCCAGGGGUGCUGCCUCCUGAGUAUAUGAUUUGGAGAACUGCAUAUAGCCAUGAGGAGCAUUCAGGUCCAGUUUUCUUUUUUAUUAACAAAACCAACACAUUAAAAACCCCACCUCCCCACAAUCUGACCAUUUACUUUGGCUCAGCUUAUGUGGCCCUCACAAGGGAGUUUGUCAACUUUGUCCUCCAAGACCAACGAGCCAUAGACUUAUUUGAGUGGUCUAAGGACACUUACAGCCCUGAUGAACAUUUCUGGGUGACUCUUAAUAGGAAUCCAGGUGUUCCUGGAUCCAUGCCAAAUGCAUCCUGGGAAGGAAACCUCAGAGCUAUAAAGUGGCAUGACAUGGAAAAAGAGCAUGGAGGCUGUCAUGGCCACUACAUACAUGAUAUUUGCAUCUUUGGAAACGGUGACUUAAAGUGGCUCUAUGACUCCCCAAAUAUGUUUGCUAACAAGUUCGAGCUUAAAACAUAUCCACUUACUUUAGAAUGCCUGGAGCUGAGGCUCAGAGAGAGAGCCUUAAACCAAAGUGAAACUCGGAUACAAUCAAGCUGGUAUCUUUGAUCCUCCCUUACUUGGAAUUCAAGAGAGUCAAGACAGAAACAAAAGCUUAAUUAAUGACUUUCUGUUUGGAAAGGAAGUUCUUUAUUCCCUAAAGAGCUGUCUUUAGCAAGUCACAGUUUUCAAGAACUAGCUCUAAAAUGACUACAUUUUGGCCACCCAAGAAGAAACACUGGCCAAAGCAGAAGCCAGUUUCCAAACAAAGAGGAUAGAUUGGUUGGGUGUCUGUGACUUUUUGAUACUACAACUGUUGUUAUAUCUACACAUCAUCAAAUAUCCAAAGCAUGGUGGAAUAUAAAGGGAAAAGCCUAAUGCUCCUGUUCCUGCAUGUGUGACAAAGUAGAAGGAGUUCACCUCCAGGAAGGAAUUAUUUCUGGUUUAUAACAGUGCCACAGUGAGAAAGACAGAUUCUAUGUUCUUUCUACAUGCUUAACAAUAACUAGAUAAUCUGGCUCUCUGUUCCCCAAACCCAGGCUGAUGGAAUUGGGGCCAUACAUUAGUUCUUUAGUUCGGGUGUCUUUGGUUUUCUGUAAUCUAUAGAGAAUGUGUAUUUUUAAUGUCUCCAGCAAAGGGUAGAGCAAGGCUUGAAACACUGAAUGAUGUCUGCUUCAUUGAAAAAAGAAAGUCUGUGAAAUUGUUCUUUCUCCAUUACAAAUUCUAGGAUUUUCUGUGUCCUUGGCUCUCUUUUAUAUUUACCCAAUGAGCAUGGAGUUGUGAUGCCAGCCUGGGUAUUUGCUGUAGAGCAGCUGUGAAAUGAAGAAAAUUUCAACUUCACUGAAGCAUGAGUUUCUUCUCUGUGUGUAUGGGGAAGACAGUGCACUUUUUAUAUUUUGUGUGAUUUGCAAAGGAGUAAAUUCUUAAGUGCUGCUUGUACUCUCUGGAAUCAGAGCUAAUCACUACACCUUUCUGUGAUUCCUUCCAUACCUUCUUAAUAAUAGUAUCCCAGAGAAUAGAUUGUACUCUGUCUAGCAGAGCUUUACCUUGGGCCAGUAUAAAAUAGCUUUGUCAGAUAGUGUCAGCUAAUAAUAAUACAAAACAGUACAGAUUUUGUUUUCAUUCUCCUUUUUACCUUCCUUGUAAUAAGGCAAAAAAGAGUGACUGGGCGUUCAUUCACAGGAAGAAGAUUCUAAGAGCCUGAAAAACAAUCGAGCAGUUAGCUCAGUGUUAGAAAUUAUAGCGGUUCUAGAGAAUGGGAGAACCUCAUUCUUUAAGUGUGAUGCAGUCAGGGUUUAAGGUAUCCACACCUGAGUUUCCUAGAUUUGUUUUCAGACCAUGGAGGCUUCAGGUUAGGGGACCAGCUUGAGACUAAGAAUUGAAGGGAGUAUGUAAGGAAACCAGCCAAUCACCUUGAAAGGAAAUAUUACAGGUUCUUGGGUAACUGGUUCCUCCUGUUAAAACAUUCCAUUCAUUUCUGAAGCUGGAACCUACUCAGAAGGGGAGUAGGAGCCACAGUAUCUUUUUUAAGAGGAAGAAUCGAUCAUUUUGUAUUCUGCUGUGUCAUCUUAGGUCAUUUUACUGUGAUCAGGAGAAUGUGUUCCCACUCUGACAAAAGCCUCCCCGCUCAGUAACAUUUGAUUGAAGUAUGUGUUGGCAUCCCAUCAAUCUUUUGGAUUGUUACAUGUUUUUAUUACUAUUCUAUAGUAAUCUAUAAAUCUAUAGUAUAUUUAGAUUUUAAAAUGUUAUUUUUCUUCUGUAAUUUAUGCUUGUUCAAUGUUAUUAUACCUGUGUCACAUUUAAGGGGACCAACUUUGCCAAAGGGAAAAGUGUGACUUUUCCUUGUUAAACAAUAAACUGUGACUGAUCAGAGACAGAAAACCAACCAAGUUGUAACCAGUGAUAUCUGAAAAUAGAUUCUGAAGAGCUAAAUGAAUAAGCUGGAAACAAAAGAAUGUUUUAUGCACUGGACUUUGCCAGGAGAAUUCUUUCAGGAAUAGAUGUUUACACUUCAGCUAUAGCUUUCCUACACACUUUUCAGGGGGAAUGGGUUGGAGGGGAGCCUCAAGCUGAUAGAUAAUCACUGGCCUGCUUGGCAUGCCCAUAAACUACUGAUUACAUCUUUCUUUUGAAUGACUUUUGUGUUAUAUUUUCAUGGAAAUAAAUUAAUAUAUUGCCUUUUCACCUUUAUAGAACAACGUAUAAAAGUUGCUGGUGUUAUUAAUUGGCUGGUUGAUUAAAAUCCUUUGAGAAAGGCCAUUACAUGAAGGAAGUGAUCACAUUCAUUGAUUGAAAGUAAAGGUUGAAAGGAAAUUUGCUGGGAAUAAUUCAAAGCAAAGCAGUGGUGUCUAACUCAUAUAGAAAGAGGUGGGUCACUAGACCAAAUAUAAGUAUCCCUAAGGGAUGCAUAUUGAUUUAGAAAACCCCUUAUUAAUAUUAUCUGUUUUAUUGUGUUUUUAUUUAUUUUGUUAAAUAUUUCCCAACUACCUUUUUAUCUAGUUCAGGCUGCAAAAAUGUCACUCUUUUGGACACCUCUGGCCUGAAAGAUGUCAUCAAAGAAAUAAUUAAUUGGAAAAAAGAGAUGGGCCAGUCAUAUGGCAAGAACAAGGGACAGCCCUGGGAAAGUCUAUAUGGUCCAUUAGAAUUCAUACAAUGUCAAGAGAACAUGAGGACAGUUCCCAGCAUAUUGAUUAGACCUCCUGGCAAAUUAAGGGGGGGGGGGGACAUAAAAGAAACUUAAACAGGAUGGGGGGUAUAAUAAUGGGUAUCAGUCUUCAUCACUGGAGGGAAUUAACCACAUUGAUGAACUCAUAGAACUUAGGCAACUAGGUAGCAAAGUGGAUAGAGUACAGUGGAUCUAAAAUCAGGAAGACCUGAGUUCAAUUCCAGUCUCAGCCACUUACUAGCUCUGUGACCCUGGGCAGGUCACUUAACAUCUCAGCCUCAGUUUCCUCAUCUGUAAAACAGGGAUAAUAGUACUUAUCUCCCAAGGUUGCUGUGACAAUGAAAUGAGAUAAUAUUUGUAAAGUGCUUUUCAAACCUUAACCAGUGGUGUAUUGGUGUUCACGCCAACCAAUUUAAAAUUUCACUGAGAUCAUUUACAUUUCAGAAAUCAACAAAUGCUAAUAAAACAGGGGAUUGAUUUGUUGUUUCGUUGAUUGUCUAGAUUUUCAAAAGUAAUGGAUAAAAUGCUAAUAAUGCAGAUUAAACUUAAAA